AUUUAUAGCAUUUCAUUUUUAAACCAAUUGUUUAACUUAAACUUAAAUCAUCCCACAUGGUGGAACCUCAGCACAAACGUGUUAAACUUCCUGCUGGAACCUAUGAUGGUUCCAAUGCUGGUCAUCAAUGUGUUGAAGAUGUGCAAAAACUUUUAAAACUUUUGUAUGGGAAAUGCCUGUGCUCACUUCCACUCCCUCACAUCGUUCAGAUAUUGCACCAAUGCAAUGCUCACUUCAGUGUGCUGCUUUCCUCUAAUCAGACAAUGCAGGACACUGAUGGCUGCCUAUUGUAUGCCAGCAUGCUGUCUCUUUUCUUUGAUGUGGCCUUGAAGCAACGAUCAAGAUCGAUGAUCUGCUCUCGAAUAUCUGAAGUGGUCAAGGCAGGAGCUGACCUUGAGAGCCACUUAAUUGAGAUACUAUUGAGCUUCUUGGCUAGUGAAAAUCAGUACAUCAGUUACACUGUUGUCCGUGCCAUUGUUUCACUGCUGCUUUUGUUUCAAGGUGACUUAGGUGCUCAUAUUUUGAAGCAGCUUGUUGAAACCGCACAAUGUUCUGAAAACUGGCUGUUGGUUAGUCAUUCUUUUGAUAUAAUUCGAAGAAUAAUUGACUGGAGAGAAAAUGAUGAGCAUUCUCAUAAUGAUUCUUCCACACCUAGCCAGCCUGGCUGCACAGUCAUCAAACUUACUCCUGCAGAUGUUGAUGGUGCUCAUGAAUUCAAAUCUCUGGUUACUAAGACUGUUGGAUACAAAUGGAGAACUCUUGUUGGAAAGUGUCUGGAGUGCCUCAACUCAACGUCUCUAACAGAUAAAAUUGUUGUAGUAUCAUUUCUGAACAUGUGGAUAUCUCUUAUAUCUGUCAAAAACAACUUGAAGUUUGAUGAUACAAAGCUAUUUUUUAAUGGACUGGAUGUUUUAGUUGACCCAUUGACAUGUGCAGACACCCCAUUAAUGGUAUGGGAAAGAAUCCUGCAUCUUUUAAACGAGGUGUUGUGUUAUGGCAGCACGCUGGCUUUACAGGAAGUGUUGGAUGAUGAACCCUGUCUCUUGGCUCAAAGACUCAUCAGGGAUGUCAACACCAAACACUUGCUGGAUUUUGUUCCGUGUGAGCAGCCAGCGGAAGAUCUGCCUCAGUCUUACACGGACACCUCACAUGACACAGCUGUCAGUUGUAGACCAUCAAGAAUAUUGACUCCUUUAAAAGCAUUUUGCGAAGCAGAGACUGGGUUUCAAUCUCUUCAUAUUGAGCCACAAGAUCAGUUCAGAGAAAUUUUUAAUGCCGAUUUUUCAGCUGACCAAGUAAAAGAUAAAAUUUCUGAUUUAACCAUUCAUCAGUGUAGCAAAUGUCUAAGAUCUAAUGACUGCAAAUGUUUGUCUAGUUCUCGUGCUUCAGAUAAUGUGCAACAAAGUUUUGUCAUCCCUGAAGAUGCUUCAAGUUUGGCUGAAAAUUAUAUUGAUACAAAUCCUGUAACCACGUGUGAGAGACUUGAAGGCUCAGUUACAAUUUCUCAAAGCAGUUCAAAUGAAAAAAUUAGUAUAACACCACCAUCCCUUGACUCAAAAUUUCCCCAGACAGAAAAUUUGGAAAUGGAUGAAUUGAAUUCAAGAUUGUUCCAUGAAAGUAGAACCACAGUUCACUCUUUUGAUGAAAGGUCUUCAACGGAUAAUUUUCCUAUCAAUGAACGCCAAAGAACAAGAUCACCAAGUCAAUCUUCUCUACCUUAUUCAUCACCAUCUACUUCAAAGUCUGGAACCUCUUCAGCUGUCUUAGGAGAUUUUAUGCACUUGAGUAGUGGUCUGCAAUUUUUAAAACAUUCUUACAAUAAUGAUCAGCAAGAAGAGGAAUGUGAUGACAAAUCUGAUAUAUCGAGCAGCUCUAAUGAAGUGUUUACUUAUGUACAUAAACAAUUAAGCCAGCACACAUCAAUAGUGCCUCACAAGACUAGUAAAUCUUUAGAUGAUGUGGAAGAAUCAAACAUUUUAAUCCCCUCUGAUCUGAGUGAAUCACAAAUAUCCAAUCAAAUGAGACAAAUAUCUAGCGAAUCUCCUCAAUCAACCACUGUUGAUCCUUUAUCUCCUUUUGUAAGAAAGAACUGCACUUUACAUCACCUUCGUAAGUUACUGUUCCGUAAAACUGUUCUGUUGGUGCUCAAGUCUGUUGCUGUCACUGUGAAGGAAGCACGUGGUGAUAGCUCAUCGUCUUCAUCUGAGGACUCUUCUCCUAAAUCUGCAACCCAGGGAUCUGAUACUGAAGAAGCUGAAAUGGAAAUUAUUUGCAAGAGCUUACAAGAAGUGCUGGCCAAAACUGAUGCAUUUGUGAAACGUCACAAGGACUAUCAUCCAAACUGCCCCAUAGCGGAGUGGAUGGUGAAGCUCUUCAGUUCACAUGACGAUUGGAUGGUUGAGGCCAUGGUUUGUGGAAUGGACAUCCACAGCGGUCUUGCAAAUUCUUUCCGCAGUGGUGGGGGAGUGAUUAACUCAUGGCUGUGCCCGCACACCAGCUUCUUGAUCUUCCUGGACACUGUCAGAUUUGACUCCUCAGUCCUACUUGAAUUGCUUAUAUCCAACGAGACCUGCUUCCUCCUGUACCUGCUGAGAUAUCUCAAGCUGGUUAAGCGGUCGUUGUCAAGUGCGGAGAGUUUACAGAAGGCCGGUAGCAACACCAACAUCAACCUGCACGCAGCAGUGCAAACCAUGUUCACCCUCAGACAUUCUCUGAAGAAACUUGUGGCAAAAGAGCUUUUUCCUUACAACAUUGCUCCCAUACUGCGGCUACUUGACCAGUGUUGUGCCCAGCGCCGCAUAGCAGCAAUACGAAGAUGCUAGUAGACCAGUCUACUACUGCACGAAUAUCUCGAAAUAUUUUGAACAAGAAGUGAUCAUCAGUACUCGGUCCUAACGUUUCAAGUCCUAUCGUCGGUGAUCUACCCAUUCACUGCCUUGAAAUACGGACAUGAAAUUUUGUUUAGUUGUGAAGCGGUUCAUCUGCCGGUGUGAAGCUGAUUUACAACGUAUCGACCUCGUGAGAAGGUCCCUCUUGGCGGUUGCUCUUUUGUCGUGUCAGUGUUCAUUAUUUAGGAAUUGUUAUAUAUAUACAAUUACCUAAAUGGUAAUUGUUGAUGUUCGGCGAAUAUUUUGUUGUGAAUUUUUUAACAGAUGAGCAGUGUGAGAAGAGUCACGUUCGUUUGAACUAAGUUCGCUACUCUUGCAGUGUCUGUAUAUUGAAAGAAUCAGUCGCACUAGAUUAUUAAUGCUUUAUCAUCCAACAUUUAUUCUUUUUGCAGCAGCGUAGCUCAGUGAUGCAUAUUUUUGUUUGCGGAGUAAGGAGAGUUCCUCGUACGAUACAGGCUUCAUAUGUUCGAGUGCCAUCUCGUAUAUAUUAUUUUCUUAUUAAAUUUUUUAUAAAUAUAUUAAAUAA